UGGGAGCGAGAGGGAGCGAGCGAGCGAGCAAGCGAGAGAGAGAGAGAGAGAGAGAGAGAGAGAGAGAAGAGAGGAGGUGGUGGAGGAGGACUAGUGUGGGGUGGAAAGGAAGAGUGAGCGAGAGCAAGUUGAGGGGAGGGGGUGAAAGAGCCGGCGAAUUCUUUUUCUUUUUCUAUUAUUAUUUUGACGACUCCCGAGUUGCGCCCAUGCUCUUGUCAGCUUCGUUCUAGGCGUAGCAUGGCCAGGCAGAAGAAAAUGGGGCAAAGCGUGCUCCGGGCGGUCUUCUUUUUAGUCCUGGGGCUUUUGGGUCGUUCUCACGGAGGAUUCCCCAACACCAUCAGCAUAGGUGGACUUUUCAUGAGAAAUACGGUGCAGGAGCACAGCGCUUUCCGCUUUGCUGUGCAGUUAUACAACACCAACCAGAACACCACCGAGAAGCCCUUCCAUUUGAAUUACCACGUAGAUCACUUGGAUUCUUCCAAUAGUUUUUCUGUGACUAAUGCUUUCUGCUCCCAGUUCUCGAGAGGGGUGUAUGCCAUCUUUGGAUUCUAUGACCAGAUGUCAAUGAACACUCUGACCUCCUUCUGUGGAGCUCUGCACACGUCCUUUGUCACGCCCAGCUUCCCCACUGAUGCAGAUGUGCAGUUUGUCAUCCAGAUGCGCCCAGCCUUGAAGGGCGCUAUUCUGAGUCUCCUGGGUCACUACAAGUGGGAGAAGUUUGUGUACCUCUAUGACACCGAAAGAGGAUUUUCUAUCCUCCAAGCGAUUAUGGAAGCAGCAGUGCAAAACAACUGGCAAGUGACAGCAAGGUCUGUGGGAAACAUAAAGGACGUCCAAGAAUUCAGGCGCAUCAUUGAAGAAAUGGACAGGAGACAGGAAAAGCGAUACUUGAUUGACUGCGAAGUCGAAAGGAUUAACACAAUUUUGGAACAGGUUGUGAUCCUGGGGAAACAUUCAAGAGGUUACCACUACAUGCUUGCUAAUUUGGGUUUUACCGAUAUUUUGCUAGAAAGAGUCAUGCAUGGGGGAGCCAACAUUACAGGAUUCCAGAUUGUCAACAACGAAAACCCUAUGGUUCAGCAGUUCAUACAGCGCUGGGUGAGGCUGGAUGAAAGGGAAUUCCCUGAAGCCAAGAAUGCACCUCUAAAGUACACAUCUGCAUUGACGCACGAUGCAAUACUGGUCAUAGCAGAAGCUUUCCGCUAUCUGAGGAGGCAGCGAGUGGAUGUGUCCCGGAGAGGCAGUGCUGGAGACUGCUUAGCAAACCCUGCUGUGCCCUGGAGUCAAGGAAUUGAUAUCGAGAGAGCUCUGAAAAUGGUGCAAGUACAAGGAAUGACUGGAAACAUCCAAUUUGACACUUAUGGACGUAGGACAAAUUAUACCAUUGAUGUGUACGAAAUGAAAGUCACUGGCUCUCGGAAAGCUGGCUACUGGAAUGAGUAUGAAAGGUUUGUGCCUUUCUCGGAUCAGCAAAUCAGCAAUGACAGUGCAUCUGCAGAGAACCGGACCAUAGUAGUGACUACCAUUCUGGAAUCACCAUAUGUAAUGUAUAAGAAGAACCAUGAGCAACUGGAAGGAAAUGAACGAUAUGAAGGCUAUUGUGUGGACUUAGCCUAUGAAAUAGCCAAACAUGUAAGGAUCAAAUACAAAUUGUCCAUUGUUGGUGACGGGAAAUACGGUGCAAGGGAUCCAGAGACUAAAAUAUGGAACGGCAUGGUUGGGGAACUUGUCUAUGGGAGGGCUGAUAUAGCUGUUGCUCCACUCACUAUAACGCUGGUCCGUGAAGAAGUCAUCGACUUCUCAAAGCCGUUUAUGAGCCUGGGCAUCUCCAUCAUGAUAAAGAAGCCUCAGAAAUCAAAACCAGGCGUAUUCUCAUUUCUGGAUCCCUUGGCUUACGAAAUCUGGAUGUGCAUCGUCUUCGCUUACAUUGGAGUCAGCGUAGUUCUUUUCCUAGUUAGCAGAUUCAGUCCUUACGAAUGGCACUUGGAAGACAACAAUGAAGAACCUCGUGACCCGCAAAGCCCUCCGGAUCCUCCAAAUGAAUUUGGAAUAUUUAACAGUCUUUGGUUUUCCUUGGGUGCCUUUAUGCAGCAAGGAUGUGAUAUUUCUCCAAGAUCACUCUCCGGGCGCAUUGUUGGAGGGGUUUGGUGGUUCUUCACCCUGAUCAUAAUUUCUUCCUAUACGGCCAAUCUCGCUGCUUUCCUGACUGUGGAGAGGAUGGUUUCUCCCAUAGAAAGUGCUGAAGACUUAGCUAAGCAGACUGAAAUUGCAUAUGGGACCCUGGACUCCGGCUCAACAAAAGAAUUUUUCAGAAGAUCCAAAAUUGCUGUCUAUGAGAAAAUGUGGUCUUACAUGAAAUCAGCAGAGCCAUCUGUGUUUACCAAAACAACAGCAGACGGAGUGGCCCGAGUGCGGAAGUCCAAGGGAAAGUUCGCCUUCCUGCUGGAGUCAACCAUGAAUGAGUACAUUGAGCAGAGAAAACCGUGUGAUACGAUGAAAGUUGGUGGAAAUCUGGAUUCCAAAGGCUAUGGUGUGGCAACCCCUAAAGGCUCAGCAUUAAGAACGCCUGUAAACCUUGCAGUAUUGAAACUCAGUGAACAAGGCAUCUUAGACAAGCUGAAAAACAAAUGGUGGUACGAUAAGGGGGAAUGUGGAGCCAAGGACUCCGGGAGUAAGGACAAGACCAGCGCUCUGAGCCUGAGCAACGUGGCGGGCGUUUUCUAUAUACUUGUCGGAGGUCUGGGGCUAGCCAUGAUGGUGGCUUUGAUAGAAUUCUGUUACAAAUCGCGGGCAGAGUCCAAACGCAUGAAACUCACAAAGAACACCCAAAACUUUAAGCCUGCUCCUGCCACCAACACUCAAAAUUACGCUACAUACAGAGAAGGCUACAACGUGUACGGAACAGAGAGUGUUAAGAUCUAGGGAUCCCUUCCCACUGGAGGCAAGUGACAAGAGGAAUCACCGAAAACGUGGCUGCUUCAAGGAUCCUGAGCCAGAUUUCACUCUCCUUGGUGUCGGGCAUGACACGAAUAUUGCUGAUGGUGCAAUGACCUUUCAAUAGGAAAAACUGAUUUUUUUUUUCCUUCAGUGCCUUAUGGAAUACUCUGAGACUCGCGACAAUGCAAACCAUCAUUGAGAUCUUUUUGCUUUGCUUGAAAAAAAAAUUGAAAUAAAACCAACAAAAAAAUGGACAUGCAAGAUUCCAGUAUGCGAAAACAAAUCUUAUUUUAAAAAAAGUCAAUUCAACAAAAGCCAUUCUUUGAUACCACUGCACAGUAUUCAAACACCAUGUUCUUUAAAACACACACACACACACACACACACACACACACACACAAAUUUAAAAUUCCAAUUCAGCAAAUAGGCCCACCUUAGCUAAAAUAAUUAAUUUCUCCUGAUUAAAAACAAAAAUCUGACUCCCUGUCUGGGAGGACAGACUGGCAUUUCUUCUAGGAUCUGCUGACCAGAUGUUUUUGGUAUUUCCUGUUGGUGGUGAUGUUCUGUGCACCCUAUGUCCUUUCAACAUUGCUGAAAUGUGUAUAUCUUUAGAAUGUAAAUGCAACACUUAAGAAAAUUCAAACACUUUGG